AUGGCUCCUAGCAAAAGGGAAGCGAUUGCCGAGUGCAUCUCCGACGAGGCCCUAGUACAUCUCAAGACCUACAAAUACUCCUCCGUCGAUAAAUCCCCCAUCUCCUAUUAUAUCCUGGGACCCUAUUGGAAUGCCUUCGUCAAGUUAUUACCGCUAUGGCUUGCGCCAAACAUGGUAACCCUUCUUGGGUUCUUCUUCAUCCUGGGAAAUGUUGGCCUCCUUGUCAUCUACAUGCCCGACCUCGUAGGACCCGGACCAUCGUGGCUCUACCUGAGUUUCGCUUUCGGCUUGUUCAUGUACCAGACUAUGGAUAACGUCGACGGAAAGCAGGCGAGGCGAACCGGCACCUCCAGCGGCCUCGGCGAACUCUUCGACCACGGAAUCGACUCCCUAAACUGCACCCUUGCCAGUCUUCUCGAGACCGCUGCCAUGGGUCUCGGCAACUCCAAGUCCGGCGUCUUCACCGCUCUCUGCCCCUGUCUGGCCAUGUUCUUUUCCACAUGGGAGACCUACCACACCCACACCCUCUACCUGGGCUACAUCAAUGGCCCCACCGAGGGUCUUCUAAUCGCGUGCUCGAUCAUGGCACUUUCCGGCAUUUAUGGCCCCGGCAUCUGGACGGAACCUAUCGUCGAUCUCGUAGGCGAGCGGUACUUGUUUGGCUAUGCCGAGGCUAUCGGCGAUACUACCUUCCGUGACAUCUGGAUCCGGCUCAUUCUCCUCUCUCUCUUCCUUACACACGUUCCGUUCUGCGUCCUGAACGUCGUGAAGGCUCGCCGUGCGAAAGGCCUGCCCAUCGCUCCCGUUUUCCUCGAAUGGACCCCCAUGGCCGUCUACACGCUUUCUAUUGGCGCCUGGCUCUAUUCUCCUUACUCGACCUUGAGGGAGGAGAACCACCUCGUUCUAUUUUGCCUUACCAUGUCGUUCGUUUUUGGAAGGAUGACUACCAAGAUGAUUCUGGCUCAUCUUACGAGGCAGCCAUUCCCCUACUGGACCGUCAUGUUGUGGCCUCUCGUAGGAGGCGCGAUCCUGGGCAACCUCCCCCUCCUUGGGUUCCCCCAGAUCAGCGCGCAGGCCGAGUUGUACUAUCUCUACGGUUACUUCGUCUUCGCCGCUAUCGUUUACUUUAGAUGGGCGUACUUGGUUAUCACGAGCAUCUGCAACUACCUCGGCAUCAACGCGUUGACGAUCCCCAGAGAGAAGCUACGUACGCUCUAUGGUCAGAGCAACGGAUCCGCGACCAGGAAGGCUGAGUAG